AUGCCUGGCAAAAACUACAAGAUCGCUUGUAUACCUGCCGACGGUAUUGGACCGGAAGUCAUCAACGCGGGCGUCAAAGUGCUCGAAACAUUGAGUGCGGCGAGCAAAUCAUUCACUCUAGACUUUGAGCACUACGACUGGAGUUCUGAAACAUACAAGAAGACUGGAAAAUACAUCCCCGACAAUGGACUGGAAGAAUUGAAGAAGCACGACGCAAUUUUGUUUGGUGCUGUUGGAGCUCCUGAUGUUCCUGAUCACAUCUCACUUUGGAGUCUGCGUCUCGCAAUCUGUCAAGGCUUUCAACAAUACGCCAACGUGCGUCCAUCCAAAAUACUCCGAGGCACCGAGUCACCUCUCCGCAAAGCGACAACCGGCGACUUAGACUGGGUCAUCAUCCGCGAAAACAGCGAAGGCGAAUACGCAGGCCAAGGAGGUCGCAGUCACAAGGGCCAACCUUGGGAAACAGCCACCGAAGUCAGUAUCUUCACUCGACACGCGGUGACCAGACUCCUCAAAUUUGCGUUUGAGACUGCACAGAAGAGACAUAAGAAACAUAUCACAGUGGUUACGAAGAGUAAUGCGCAGAGAAAUGGUAUGGUCAUGUGGGAUGAGAUUGCGGCCGAAGUCGCGAAGGAGUUUCCGGAUCUCAAGGUGGAAAAGAUGUUAGUGGAUGCUAUGACUUGUCGUAUGGUGUUGCAGCCGCAAUCGUUGGAUACCAUUGUCGCUACAAAUCUUCACGCAGAUAUCCUCUCCGAUCUCGCCGCAGCACUCGCAGGGUCCAUCGGCAUAGCACCAACGUCCAACCUCGACCCCACACGCCAAAACCCCAGUAUGUUCGAGCCAAUCCACGGCUCCGCUUUCGACAUCACAGGAAAAGGCAUCGCCAAUCCGGUAGGCACGUUUUGGACUGCGAGUGAAAUGCUACGGUGGUUGGGCGAAGAAGUCGCUGCAGAAAGAUUGCUCGAGUGUGUGGAAAACGUGUGUGGGAAUGGUAUCCUGACGCGUGACCUGGGUGGUCAAGCAACCACAAAGGAAGUGACUGAUGCAGUAUGCGAGGAGAUCAAGAAAAGCUAUGCAUAA